AUGCUGAGCAAUAGAAGAACCAUGAACAGGGGGAUGGAACAGCAUAAACUAUUGCUGCAACACCCGUCGCCGCCGCAUUCCUCCUCUGAAAGUGAAACAGAGGAUGAGAAAGUCAUGACGAACCUCCCUACGCCUUCAACGUUGGCCAGAAGAGUGGAAAAGAAGGUUCUGUCAAAGCAGCUUUCGAUGAGAGAUAUGAUGAGGGAGGAGAAAUGGGAGAGGAAAAAGAGGCUGAUGUAUUUGCGGAGUCUCAGCGAUGAAUUGGUGGAGGAGAGUGAGAGAGACGAGGAUGGGAAGGAGGUGACAGUGAAGGAGAGGAGGGAGAGGGUCAGGAGCUUGACGGAUGAGGACUUGGAUGAGUUGAAGGGCUCCUUAGAUCUCGGCUUUGGCUUCAGUGAGGAGAACGGAGGGAAGGAAUUGUGCAAGACGCUGCCGGCGCUGAAACUGUACUUUGCUAUUAAUAGGCAGCUGUCUGACCCGAAGCUGAGCCAGACACCGAGUCCCGCAUCGACGCCGACGACAACCACGGCGACUUCAUCGUCGGCAACGCUUAACGGGACACCCAGCCCGAGAACUCCGCAUGCGCAGCCGCAACUGGAUCAGCAGGGACGCCCUAUAAGUUCUGAUGAUGAUACUUGGAGGGUCAUGAAACCGGGGGACAGCCCGGAACGCGUGAAGGCAAGGAUCAGGCAAUGGGCACAAAUCGUGGCUUGCUCUGUGAAGCACAUGCGCUAG